GUCGGUGCUAGGCGUAACGGACAUUUCUGAACGUGUCCCAAAUAUGGAUCUAUGUCUGGCCGGAGAGUGGUAAUCACAGGCCUGGGCAUGAUCACACCGCUAGGUGUGGGUGUAAAGUCUAACUGGACGAGACUCAUUGCAGGGAAUUCUGGCCUUUGCUCGGUGGAGCAGCUGGAAAACGCUUCUCAGUACAAAGACAUUCCUGCCAAAGUGGUUGGAGCAAUUCCUCGUGGACCGGCCACAGAAAACAAGUACAACGCGUUGGACCAUUUUGAAGCUCACGAGGUGCGAAAGCUGUCCAACUUCAUCCAAUACGGCCUGGUUGCUGCCAAAGAGGCACUCGACGAUUCCGGCUGGGUACCAUCUUCCGAGACCCAGAAGGAGCGCACCGGUGUGUGUGUAGGCUCCGGAAUCGGGUCCAUGGACGACCUCUACGAAAAUGCGGUCAAUUUCCACGAAAAAGGGUACCGCAGGGUGCAGCCGCUGUUUGUUCCCAAACUGCUCACAAACAUGGCAGCGGGCCAUAUCUCGAUCCGCCACCAGCUUCUUGGGCCGAACCACGCGGUGGCCACGGCGUGUGCCACAGGACUGAACGCCAUAGGCGACGCAGCGCGAUUUAUUAGGGACAACUACGCGGACGUGAUGGUGGCAGGGGCUGCCGAGGGGGUGAUCCAUCCUGUUGCGGUUGGCGGUUUUGCGAGAGCGCGGUCGCUUUCGACAAAGUUCAACAAAGAGCCGGAAAAGGCGUCUCGGCCAUUUGACGCCGACCGCGACGGAUUUGUGCUCAGUGAAGGCGCUGGAGUCGUAAUUUUGGAGGAACUUGAGCAUGCGCGCGCCAGAAACGCCACGAUCUACGCUGAGGUGGCCGGCUACGGUCUCAGCGGAGACGCCAGCCAUAUAACGUCGCCCAACUUGCACGGAGACGGCGCGAGGCGAGCAAUGGCGCAGGCCAUCAAGUUUGCUGGGAUUGAGGCUGCGCAGGUUGGCUACGUCAACGCGCACGCGACCUCGACGGUUCUGGGCGACGAUGCGGAGAAUAAUGCGCUGGUGGCUCUUUUUAAGCAUUCACGGCCCGAUUUGUGCGUUUCGUCGACCAAGGGAGCCAUAGGCCAUCUGCUGGGGGCAGCCGGGUCGGUGGAGGCUAUUUACACGGUUCUUGCGGUGAAAAAUGGGGUGUUGCCGCCGACCUUGAAUUGCAACCAUCCUGGAAAUGCAGAUGGGUCGGGAAAAUACAUCUUUAACUAUAUCAGCAACAAAGCCCAGCAAAAGACGGUGGACUACGCACUUACCAACAGCUUUGGGUUUGGAGGCACCAACGCCAGUGUGUGCAUUAGAAGAUGGGAUGACUAAUAUAUGAACGGGAUGAUGGCUGCCUUGGCAGGCUUUCCGUAGAAAUUGUACGACUGUGUAGCCGACGCAGAGAGAUUGACGAGCGUCCACACAAAAACCAAAAACGACGAGACAUUUUGCUGGAUAAGGAAGUGGCACAGGUAGAUGGACACCUCGUCGAAGUAGUGUGCGCAACAGAUGUACUUGAAGAGCCCGUCGUGCGGCAUUGUAUAUUUUUUCAGACUGGCCAAAUGCUUGUGGUUGAUGUACUGGUCGUACGACAGCAGCAAGGCCAGAAGCGCACAGAAAUAUGAAAAUGCUGACGGGCUGCGUUUCAGCGUCGAAUCAGGCAGCUCCGAGCUCAGAAUGGGCAGCACGUCUGCCCAAACGUAGAAUAGCAGCCCUGCCAGGUAAUGUGUCACGUGCACUUUGGCUGUCGGAGAAAACUUCGAGACAAACAGGCACUCGUACACUCUUUUGAGGCUCUGAAAAAACGUGAGCAUGCAGACAAGAUGGAUGAGGCAGAAGGAGUGGUUUGCAAAGACCCAGAUGAGCCCGGCAGUGCUCAGUGCGAGCGAGAACUCGUAGAAGUGAGUAAACCAUUUUUUCGGCACGUACAGGUCUAGCAGGCGCGGGUGCGGAUCGUUCCGCAGCGUCUUGCCGUACUGGAGUAGGAACCUUAGCUGCGGUACCCUCGAAACAACCAACACAGCCGCGGUGGCCAACGUACAGAGGACGUUUAGCGCGAAUACC